UGAAGAUGACCUACCCCCCGUAAGUUUUAGCGAUGGUAAACUUGAAGUCUGUGGUCUCUACUCGUCCUUUCAUAUCGCCAGAAUGCAUGUCAAUCUGGCGGAUCCAUUAUUACUUGGUCAAGCCCAUGAAGUGAAGAUAACUGUGAAAGAAAAACGGAAGUUACCCAUGCAGAUUGACGGCGAGCCCUGGGAACAAGGGCCAAGUGUUGUCACGAUAUCUCAUCUCAAUCAAACGAUGAUGUUAACCAGUGAUAUACCCUUGUGAUGAAACCUUCGCGCGGAUAAGUAUAGUGAGAUUAGGGCUUAGUCAGUGUAGGGAAGUUAUGAACAGCUUGCUUACAAGUGAUUGGCUUUGGCUUGGGUUGUGAUUUGGGUAAAACCAGUGAACUCUAUAUGAAUUGGAACGGUAACUCGUUCGCCAUCUUCGAAACCAAUUUGAAGCCGAAUUAAGCACCAGUGCCAGUCCCUUUCUAUUGUUUUUAUCUUCACGGUCGACGGUCGUGCUGGCAAAAACAAUAGAAAGAGACUAGCACUGGUACCCAAUUCGGAUUGACAUUUUAGUUAAACUUACAGGGAAAUAUUUCAAUGCGAUUAGCGUGUAAGUGCAUGCCAUAUUAAUUCACCCAAAGACUUUGCUCAAGGAAGCCAAGGUCUUGGUCCAAGAUCAUCGAACAAUUUUCUCUUUCAAAUUAUUUCGACAUAAAUUCACGAUGUCGGAUGUACAACAAUCCCAGUUUCGUACCCAGGCGCUUUAAUCGUAAAAUAUAUAACGUUGCAUUCAGGUCUUAUAUAGAGGUCAGCUGAAAGUGGUGCUCGGGGUGGUUUCCUGGGUACGAGGAUUCAACAAUCCCCAUCGCAUUUAGAUAGUAAUUUCAUACACAUCAGUUGUAAAUAAUCAUCGUCUUAAAGUUCACCGCAAACAUCUUAUUUAAUAAUUAUCAAUUGAUAGUGACGAUAUUUAAUCACAUCAACACGAUAGAAAUAAUAAAGCUAACCUGUCUAUUUGAAAUCCGUGGAUCGAUCCAGUCCGAUCCAACAUCCAUUUAAUCUAACCCGGUCUAUUCAUGUUAUCCGAGAUCAGUGGGUUAAUCCAGUUAAUUAUGACCUCUGACCGAGAUCAACGAUUCUCGAGAUUAUGUAUUCACUUUGGCUAAGUGAAGCCUGUUUUUUCAACUUCAACUUUAAUGUAGCGAAGCGUAGUGUGUUUCCUGGGCACUCAGCUAGAAAUAAUGACUUUAAAACAAAGAAAAACGUUUCGCUACAAGUCGAACAUAUCAAGUCAUGUUUUGGUCAUGUGUGUCAUUUCAUCUCGUAUGUAGCAUGACGUAUUUCCUCUUCGUUCUUAUUGAUAACUAAAAAUAGUUAAAAUACACGGAAAAGAUUAUAUUUUAAUAACAUCGAACAAUAUUGUGCGAAUCGAAAGUGCAAGGGUUUUAAAAACAUCGCCUGUUUCUGCUUUUUGUUAUCUUCUGCAUUAUGUAAGAUAAUUCAUUUAUUUGUUUAAUUAACUGUUCUCACAAUGUAAAGUCCUGCAAUCUAUCGUUAGCUUUGAAGAAUGGCUUAUUGCCUGACAGAAGUUAAAUAUGGCUACGACGACAGCAGGUUUGAGACAGGUGUUGACGAUCAUUUUCAUUGUUCAAUUUGCUACAAUGUCCUCAAGGAACCAAGGUCUUGUAGAAAUAAUGAACAUAUGUUUUGUCUCGACUGUAUCACUGAACAUUUGAAUGUUAACUCUCAAACUUGUCCUGAAUGUAAUGAGGAUUUGAGUGUCGAUACGCUUCGUCGACCGCGGGUAUUGAAUAAUUAUUUAUCAAAGCUGAAGAUUAAUUGUGAUCACGCCAGUCGUGGUUGUCCAGAGUUUGUCUGUGUUGAAGAUCUCACAACUCAUGUUGGGAAUUGCGGCUUUGCUCCUGUGUCGUGUUCGAACGAAAAUUGUGGUGCGAAGAUUAACAAGAAAGACAAGGUUCGUCAUGAGACUGUAGAGUGUGAAUAUAGGACGGUGAAAUGUCAUGACUGUGGACAGAUACGAGAAGAUAUGCUUGAUAUGAGAGGAAGUUUAGUAGAACUAGACCAAAAAGUGGAAACAGGAAUGUCAACCGUUGUGGGAAAUAUGAAAGGAAGCUUUGUAGAAUUAGAUCAAAAACUGGAAGCAUCAAAUACGGAAACGAGGAACAGUUUAGACCAGAUAACUUGGGAUCAUCAAGAAAUUAAGAAAGAAGUUCAAGACGUGAAAGAAGAUCUUGACAAAGUGAAGAAAGACAUGAACGAAAUGAAAGACAUGAUGAGUCAAAUCUUAGAGAAGCUCGAUAUCCUGGAACUGCCAAAGAAACCGGCGCCGUCGCCAGCUGAAGGAGUAGUUUUGGAUACCCCAAGACAGGACAUUUUGAUUGCUGGUGGAUUUGGGUCGACGCAGGAAACUGGCAAAUCUACGGAGAUCUAUUUCUGGGAGAAGAAUGGUUGGUUUGAGGCGUCAGCAAUGAAUGAGGAUCAUAUACGAGCUUCAUCUUUCAUUUAUUAUGAUCAAUUGUUUAUAGUGGGUGGAGAGAAUGGUAGUACAAUCGAGACGAUGGAUCUCAACGAAUUACCAUUGAAAUGGAAAAAAUUUCCAGGAAAGCUUCCUUAUGACUGCGCUGAUCACCAAACUGUUGUUUACAAACGGCGUAUCUUUUACAUUGGUGGUUAUGAUCGUGACGAGAAGAAAUGCUUGAGUGUGAUCAGCGAAUCCUCAAUUAUCUCACCCUGUUGUAUCAAAAAGCUGUGCAAAAUGCCUCAGCCGCGACAGUGUCACCGCGCUGAGCUGGUUGAAGACAAGCUGCAGAUUUUUGGUGGGGAAAAUGAUAGCGUUGGUGCUUUCGACAGUGUGUUAGAGUAUGACCCGAAGAAGAAUAAGUGUGGAAAGAAGCCACCAUUACAUCGUCCGCUGACGAAAAUGGCAACGGUUCCGUGGAGAGAUCAAGUAGUUGUUAUUGGAGGUUGUGACGAAAAAGGGUAAGUUCUGAAUGAUGUUUUUAUGUAUGACUGCAAGACGGGCAACAUCACAGUCUUACCAUCCAUGUUGGAGAAGAGAUAUAUUAGCUGUGCAGUCAUUACUGGGAACAUGAUUUUUGUGGUGGGAGGCGUUAACGAGAAACGAAAAGCCCUGAAUUCGGCGGAGUGUUUUACGAUGGGAGAUCCCACAUGGAAAUAUCUUCCUGCAAUGAAUAAAGCCAGGCGAAACGCUGUUGCAGCAGUUUUACCACCUCAAAGAAAAUACCUGUAGUAUUGACAUUAGUAAGACGUCGUGUAAGAUUAUUAACAUGAACAAUGAUUAAGGCAGAAAGAAAUGAAGUCAGAUGGAAAGCUGCAGUUAUCUUUCCUGCAGAAAAAGUGUAACUUUCCAGCGAUUAUUGCUGCGAUUUUCUUCUUUUGGUAGAUGUGAACGAGUAAUUAGUUACGAAUGCUCUCGUGUAUAAAAGUUCUUAUUUGAAAAUCAGUAACUAAUUCACUCGUUCACAUCUGUCAAAAGAAGAAAUUCGAGCAGCAAAAAUUGCAAGUGUAAACGGGCCUUAAGGUGUGGUCCUGAUUUCGUUCAGGAAGAUUUAAUUAGAUCGAACUUGUCUGUAUACGUUAAUAUCCUAUCCUCAGUUUUUACAAUAAAUCGUAGCAAA